AAUGCAGUGAAUGUGGGAAAUCUUUCAUGGAUCAGUGGUCUCCAUUAUCAUCAGAGAGUUCACACAAGGAGAAAAGCCUUAUCAAUUCAGUGAAUGUGGUAAGUCUUUUACAAGGAGCAUUUCUCUUCAAUAUCAUCAGAGAAUUCACACAGGAGAAAAGCCUUAUAAAUGCAGUGACUGUGGGAAAUCUUUUACCCAGAGCACUGCCCUUCAUUGGCAUCAGAGAGUUCAUUCAAGAGAAAAGCGUUAUAAUUGCAGUGAAUAUGGAAAAUCUUUUGCAAGGAAUGAUACUCUCCAAUAUCAUCAGACAGUGCACACAGGAGAAAAGCCUUAUAAAUGCAGUGAAUGUGGCUUCGUGCUUCCCAUGCCCAGCCCAGAUCAGGACUCAGGUGACCGACAGAGACUUGGUCGACAGCAGAUGCCUUCACUCCAACAAGAUUGUUUGAGUUGUACCCAUGGUGUGGGGAAGUGGGUUUAUGAUAAUCUAAAUCCAGCCUACCACCAGGAAUGCUCAGGACCUACUCAAGAAGGCAAAGAAUCCUUUCCACUAAUAUUUACAGGAAAACAACUCCGAGACCAUGUGGAUUCCAGCAACAGAGGAAUCGACAGGACUACUCCAACCAUCAAGACAGAAGAGAAGCAGUCCAGAGAUGGAAGACGCUGACGUCGCCUUGCCAUACUAGCCGUUAACAGCUGUGUGUCACUACAGGUUGCUCAGGACCAAACCAGAGAGGGUCAGACCAGCAUUACCACCAUUUGUCCAACAUCCAGAACUGAAAUGUCAUGGCUGACAUGUACACAUAAGGAACUGUGUGACAUUGAAAUUGGGUCUCAAAAGAACUGUUGGCCCAGGAAGAAACUCACUACAGACUGAAAAAAAAUAAAAUAAAUAAAUGCAGUGAAUGUGGAAAAUCUUUUAAAAGUAGGAGUGGUUUCCAUUAUCAUAAGAGAGUUCACACUGGAGAAAGCCAUUAUGUGUGCAAUUAAUGUGCGGAUUGUCUCAGGCAUAAUUCUAAAUUCGCUCUCCACAUAAGAGUUCGAAUGAGAGAAAUUUCUCAGAUGUGUAGGAAAUGUUGUUUCUUAGAUAGGACUUAAUAAUAGUAGAAGAAAAUUUGUGAAUCCUCAUUUUUCUGAAUUGUAUCUCUCCUACAUUAUGUAAAGUUCCUGUAAGUGUUUUUGCUGUUGUAUGUGUUUGCUUUUAUGUUGGAACACUAUGUAAUUAUGUUGACUUUUUAACAUACAGAGAUGUCUUGCCAGAUCUAUGUCACUGCAUAUUUCUGUUGCUGAAGGUAUUUCACCUGAACCACCUAUAAGGCCCCUGAAUAUGGCAUCAAUCACCAUCCUCAUGUGCCCAGGGAAGCUAACUCUGUUGUCUAAUUUGUUGAAGAAAAUUAGGGAUACCUGAGCCCUUAGUUUUUGUUUCCCUGUUAUGAGUUGCCAAUGUAGGACUGAUUACUAUUCGCCCCAGUAAAGAUAAUGUUGCAGAGGGACUGCCAUUUUCAGGAACACAUUUUUCCUAGAUGCUAGUGAUAAAUUUAUUGAGUGCCUAAGUCAUCAAUGGGAGAGAACUGCCAGUCUCAGGUCUCUUUCUUUGCAAAAUAAUGAAGGCUUUUUCAUAAGACUUCUUUAAUCUUGGUGUUGUAUUUACUGUGUGCGUUAGUUUAUAAGGAGAUCUCGGCUCUCCAAGCACGAUGCUGUGAAAAAGUUUUAUGUGGUCUCCAACAUUUUUGUCAUUGAGGCAAGACUAUGGUGCAGAAAUUAGCUCAGGAGUUUUUGCCAAAUUUACAUUGUUUCCAAUAAUUUUCCUACUAAACACUGUGGACUCUAGUCCUCAUGUGAAGAUGGAUGCUUUGAGACACAGAGAUCAUUCCAAAGGGGGUAGCUGUGACAACCUCAAGUAUGUCUGGGAGCAGUGUGAAUUUUUAUCUUGUUUUUAGAGGAUGCUAAGGCAUUUGAAAGGAAUCUCCUGCUCCAGGCUUGCAGAGGGCCAUGUGCCCUAAUGCCUUCAAUUCCAUGAAUGAUGGUCACUGGUUGGAGGACCAUUGCAGUGAGGGGAACCCCUUUACUGCAGAAACACUGACCUAAUUGUUGUUGAUCCACACUGCAGCCUAGUAGAUGGAAUGGGCUUCAUCUAAACCUGCACCCAGAAAGUUUUUUUUGAGGAAAAGACUACAGGAGCGGUGUGUGCACACAUCUGAGGGCCUCCUGGCAUGUUGAUCUUCGGUGGAGCGGUCAUUGGCAUUGAUUAUAAUCAAGAGGUUUUGUGGGUUCCUGUAGCUUCUCAGAUGUUCCCAUCAGAGCCAUUGGUGCUCUGGCAGCAGAACAAAGAUGAAGACAAAGGGAUGUGGCUUUUGAGACCAGGCAGCAUUGCAGUGGGUUUCUGUGCAAGUUCUUCAUUGUUGUAUUUUCUGUCACUGAGAUGAUUCUCUGUCCCAGAGGGCAGAAGUAUGUGGAUUGAAUAUAGCGUUGCCAAAUCUGUUGUUCCAAAACAGGUGAACAUACAUUUGUUUUAUCUUGAACCAUUCUUUUUUUUUUUUUUAAAUAUAUUUUAUUGAUUUUUUUACAGAGAGGAAGAGAGAGGGACAGAGAGCCAGAAACAUCGAUGAGAGAGAAACAUCGAUCAGCUGCCUCCCGCACACCCCCCACCGGGGAUGCGCCCGCAACCAAGGUACAUGCCCCUGACCAGAAUCGAACCUGGGACCCUUGAGUCCACAGGCCGACGCUCUAUCCACUGAGCCAAACCGGUUUCGGCGAACCAUUCUUUUUAACAGCUGUGAUGAGUAAUUUGCAUGUGUUAAGUAUAAUGUUUCAUAAAUCUUUACAUGUGCUUGAAGCUGAAUCCAUCAUUACACUCAUAAUACUGACCAUAUCAGUUACUGUGUAUUUCUUUCAUGACCUCAUUUAAUCUGUAUCUGUUCUUCACAACUUUCCUAGUACCCAGGAAUUUACAUUCCAUUUUAUUAAAGAACUUUGUU